CGCCCCCGGGCAGUAGCCGGUUAGCGGUGAGGCUGGGCCCCGUUAGCCGCUGGCUGCCGCCAUCCCGGUGUCCGCUAGCGGGGCGGCUCCUCCGGCCCUGGCCAUGCGUCGCGGGGCAGCCGUGCCCCGGCACUGAGCGCCCAUGGAGGAGCCCGUGGGCGGCCGGCGGCGGCCCCGGCUCGUCUCCUCGCUGGCGCUCGGGCAGCGCGCCUGGGAGGUCACCUUAGAGUGGGAGCGGGGGCUGCUGUCCUGGCGGGAUCCGCAGCCUCGCCGGCGCGGCGGAAAUUGUUUUGUGCCUGCCUCUGAGAUUAUUGCUGUAGAAGAAACUGACAAGAAAUGUACCAGUGGAAAAUGGGAAAAAAUGGCAAAGCCGCAUGCUUUCACAGUGUAUUAUGUGAAAAGAGCACAAAAACACCGCUGGCGGUGCAGAGAAGUAACAUUUUGGUGCAUUGAUGAGCAACUAUGCAACCAGUGGAUACAGGCACUUAAAGAAUUACUUGAGUUACAGAAAUCUAGACCAAAACAGCUGCUUGUAUACAUUAAUCCAUAUGGAGGAAAACGGCAAGGGAAGAGGAUCUAUGAACAAAAAGUGGCUCCAUUGUUUAGUCUAGCUUCUAUCUCAACUGAUGUUGUUAUAACUGAACAUGCUAAUCAUGCUAAGGAUAACUUAUUUGAAGUUAAUGUAUACAAGUAUGAUGGUAUUGUUUGUGUUGGUGGGGACGGAAUGUUCAGUGAAGUGAUGCAUGGUCUAAUUGGAAGAAUACAGAAGGAUUCUGGCAUAGAUCAGAAUAAUCCCAAAGCACCAUUAGUCCAGAACAAUAUAAGGAUUGGCAUUAUCCCUGCUGGGUCAACGGACUGCAUAUGCUAUGCAACAGUUGGUGUCGCUGAUCCAGUAACAUCAGCGCUACAUAUUAUUUUAGGUGAUUCUCAGCCUCUGGAUGUCUCUUCCAUACAUCACAACAACGCAUUUCUGAAGUACACUGUGUCACUGUUGGGUUACGGUUUUUAUGGUGAUAUUCUAAAAGACAGUGAAAAGAAGCGGUGGAUGGGUACGAUCAGAUACGACUUUUCAGGUUUUAAGACAUUUCUUUCUCAUCAUUAUUAUGAGGGAACAGUUUCCUUUCUGCCAGCAAAACCCACACUGGGAUCUCCAAGAGAUAAAAACAGAUGCAGAACAGGGUGCUACAUUUGCAGUCACAGUAAGCAACAACUAGAGGAGCAACAGAAUUAUGGAUCAGAGCAUAAUGAAGAUGAAGAAGAAGAUUGGAAAGUUAUUAAAGGAAAGUUUUUGGCCAUCAAUGCAGUCAAUAUGAGUUGUGCCUGUCCACGGAGUCCUAAAGGUCUUUCACCAGCAGCUCACUUGGCAGAUGGCUCUAUUGACCUCAUUAUAGUUCGCAAAUGCUCCAGAUUCAGUUUUUUAAGGUAUCUCGUCAGGCAUACAAACCAAGAUGAUCAGUUUGACUUCACAUUUGUAGAGGUUUAUCGGGUAAAGAAGUUUCAAUUUACAUCAAAACAUUUAGAAGACAAUGACAGUGAUGUCAAGGAUAUAGGAAAGAGACACUUCAGCCAGUUCUGCAGUGACCAUCCAACAUGUUGCUGUACUCUUAGUAACAGUAUUUGGAACUGCGAUGGAGAAACUUUAGAUAGCUUGGCUGUUGAAGUUAGGGUUCAUUGUCAGUUAAUAAAACUCUUUGCAAGAGGAAUAGAAGAGAACUCUAAUGAUGAAGCUAUUUACUGCUAGAGUACAAUUGAGCAAUUUCUAUAGAUAUCCUUCCACACAGUUUAAAAAACAAAGAAAAUUACUUGAGUAAAUAUGAAUUUCAUUCAAGUUAAUACAUAUUUUAAAGUUGAAAAGCAUUUUGUUUGUUAAAAUAUAAUUUUAUAAAUAUUUUACUUCAUCUAUGUACAUUAAUUAAAGAAAUUUUUAAACCUAAAUUCAUCAGGAGAUCUCAGAAGAACAACCUAAAUUAUGUAUAUGGCACAAGGAGUAUUAAUUGGCUUACAUUUUCAUAAUAAUUGAUGUUCAUGCCAUUUUAAAAGAAUGAAAUGACUGUGUUGCAAUAAUGAUUAUAUAUGUGUUUAAGUAUUGUGAGAAUUUUCCACUGAAAUCACACCAUUGGAGUAGAUCAAAAUAAGAUAUUUGCAAUGUCAGUUUUCAAAGAUCUGCUUUCCUAGAAUUAUUCUGUAGAUGCAUGUGAUUAAAUACUGGAUAGUAGUGAUAUUAUAUCUUCAUUUACUUCAUUUUCAUUUCAGUUUUUGGUUAAUCUUUCAUUACUUGGUUCUGACUGUAUCUUGCAACUUAUCAAUGCAAUUCAAAUAUACAUUCCUGGCUUUAAGUAAUAAUUUUAAGAGAUUUGAAAUAUUUUAGUAAAUAAAAGGCACAGUAUGUAAGAUCAGGUAUGAUUUACAGAUGUAUUUAUAAACUCCCCUUCAUGGAACUUUUUGGGAUUAUAAAAGGCUUUAAUGAACUGUUUAGAUGAUACCAAGUACAGGAGGCCCCCGCUUUACGACAGCCCAAUUUAUGACCCCCUGCACUUACGACCUUUUCCGUAAGUGCAGAAGGGGCCUAAAUCCCCAAACUUACAUCCUUGGCCCCACAUUUACGAUGGUAUAUGAAGACUGUUGUAAAUGCAGACUCGAGUUGCAAUGCCCCCGACUUGCAACGCUAUCUCUGGAACCAACCUCAUCGCAAGUCGGGGCAGCUUGUACCACAAACUGCAACUGAAAUAUCUCACAAGCAGCUCACAAGGGCAUAUUAUAAUACCAGAAAGGCAAAAGGAAAAGAGAGAAUACAUAUUAUAAAGCACCAGCAAAUUUUACAUCUUUAAAGUAUUUUAAAUUAAUGCACAAAAAGGUUCCCUCCUCAGCAGUGACAAUGGCACAGUCCUUUGCAAAGUUCUUUAUACAAGAUGAAACUAUUUUUAGGAUAGGGAGCCAAAUGUUCAGCUUAAAUGUGAUUUAAUUGACUGAAAUGUUUUAGGUACUUUUAAUUAGUGAAAUGUGGAAACAUAUAAUAAAUGUUAAUUUCCUGUAUGAAGUCACGAGGAAAAUCUUUGAUAAAUCAUAAAUUCACUGUGUUAGUUGCUUGCUAGUGCAGCAAGGAAAAUUGAUUAUUUAAAUGUGUAUAUUUGUUUUUGUAUUAAUACUUCUAUGCUGAAGUCUGAAGUCAAUAUAGAUUUGGGCUGAAUUCUGUUUUGUCAUUCCAGUCUCACGUCUACAUAAUGAAGAUCAGAAUUUAGCACCCUUUCUGUAUAUAGUUUAAAAAAAAGUUGUGUUUGGCCUUGUUUCAUGUCUGAACUAACAGUACUGUAUUUACAUAAUUUAUUGAAACUAUUGCUGAUUAGCUUUAUUAGUGUUUUCCCACCUGUUUGCAUUGUUUAAACCUUGGUAAUUUUUGAUUGUACUGCUGAAGCACUUGAAGUACAGUUAUCCUAGAUGGCUGAUUUUUUUUUUCAUUGGAGGCAAUUAUGUUUAACUAUAAUUUUGAAGUGAUAUGCUGUAUCAUUGCUAUAAUGAUAUUUGUACUGCAGUGUUCUGAUAACAUAUGCAAAUGAUUUUCCUUUAAAAUAUAGUAAUAUAAAUCUUAGACUAUUUUUCAUUAUGUAUUUCAGUGAAAUACUUGAACACUUUUUGAAAAGCAGUACUAUUUUACACUGUUCUAUAAUAGGAUUGGUUGGAAAAUCGAUUGAACCAAUAUUGUUUAAACUCAUUUAACAUAAAAGCAUUAUUUACACUAUUUUUAGAGUGACAUGUACUAACUAUAUUUUGAAAUAAAGCCUCCUCUUGAAGUACAAUAAUCCAGUUUUACGAAUACAUGUUUUGCAAAAGUGUCAAGUUAGCUGUCCACUUCUGUCUAAAGAGAAACCCAAUUCUUUUGAUCCUUGGAUAGGCAGCACCGUGGAUAUGGCACAUUCAGCUCAUGAGCAGAUGGAGAUAUUGAUCAUAUUCUGAAGUAUCAGUAUCAGCUGGUCAGAAGUACAAUGUAUGUACUCAAAAGUGAGAGCAUUGUUCAGAUGUGCUGAUCAAACGUGUAAGACUGAGAAAAAGAAGUCUUUGUGGAGUAAAAAUCUUUGUGUGUCAUGAAUGUUCAUUGAAACCCUUUAAGAACUCCUAUUGCCAGAGGCCGUGUUCAUAGUGUUUUGAAACAAUCCUGUUCUGAAGGACCCUAUUGUGAGGAAUAAGCCACAAAGGGAAUGCGGAGGGAGUUUGCUCUGAUGGAAAGAUGAAAAGUAAAUAAAAAAUAUAACUGGGGCUGUUACAACAUAGCAAAAAUGUAGAUAAUUGACAAACUACAUUGUUUCCUCUGAAUUGUUUUCCUUUGUAGUUUAUUAUACUACCAAAGCACCAUAUGUGAUUGUGUAAUAUGUUUAUUUUAAGCUGAGAGUAAGUAAGUAGUGUCUGCUUAUGUCUUCAUUAAUAUUAGACUAGAUUGUUCUUUUCUAAAAAACAUUUCAAUAUAGAAAUUACAGAUGAAAAACUCAAAAGUUUAAUUUUUUAAAUCUUGCUGGCUUCAAGAUUAGAAAACUACAUUUUGUUCUGACAUGUUGAAGUGAACUCUUCUGAAAAAUAAAGUUAUGUUGUACACCA